GAGGAACCCCCCGCCUGGCCAAAGAUAGCAGUGUAACCUCCCGGCUCCUGAGUUGCUAACCCCCCGGACCCUGGCCGCCGUGUGCCAGAACCAUGCCAGCUGAAUGUGACGCGCACCGUCGACACAACCGACACUACCAUGAUUUCCGCGCAUCUGCAACGCUCGAUACAAAACAUCUCAGCAACGGCAACACAAGCAUCUUCCUUCCCGUGCGGGCCGUCGCUCCAUAAUUAGCUCAAUAUCUUUGCUGAGCAGCAGCGAUUCACUCAUAUGUCAUUCUUGAGCCUAGCCGCCCGGUUCAGAGAAUCAUGAUUCUAAGCACCAUUCUUCAGAAAAGGUCCCUUCGGCGGGUUCUCUACGCCUCUGGAGUGAUCGCUAUCCUCCUCAUUUUAUGGCCGUUGCCCUACAGUGGGACGACAGCGGUGCCAAAGGAAUCUAAAAGCCCCCGUGACCACCUCCAUGCGAUUAAAAACGAGACUCUGGGGGUUCAGAAGAUUUUCGCCAUCAAUCUCCCCAGCAGACUGGAUAAGCGAGAUAAUCUUGUUUUGGGUUCAUCGGUCAGUGACUUUGACAUCGACUGGAUCGACGGAGUCACUCCUGAAGAACUCAACCCCAAAUCGUAUCCCCAUAACUGGAAUCGUGACCAUAAGCCUACUGAGUAUGCGGCUCGACGGGCGCAUGUGAAUGGCAUGCAGCGUAUUGUGAGUGAGAAGCUCGGCAGCGCCAUCAUCAUGGAGGAUGAUGUCGACUGGGACGUGACGAUCAAAACCCAGCUACAGAGCUUUGCUCUUGCAGUCCGGGCUCUCCAAGGGGCGGACCAGAAGGUCACCGCUUCGCCCUACGGCGAUGACUGGGACAUCCUCUGGCUUGGUCAUUGCGGCUUGCAAUGUCGGACUGACGUGCCCUUUUUUCUGAGCCCGCAUGAUCCCACCGUUCUUCCGUCACAUCAUUUUUUACCCUACUGGCGUGAUCCACCUCCGAUCGAUGUGCCCAAACACACCCGCUUAGUCUGUGCUGUCAGUGAUUCUGUUUGCUCUAUUGUCUACGCAGUAAGCUACCGUGGAGCUCAGAAGAUUCUCUCUGCCCUUUCUGUCAGCCCAGGUGAUCUUGCAGAAGAGAUUGACAUCGGUGCUCAGUUCGAUGUGUCGCUAGGUCGUAUGUGCGGCAAUGGCUACCUUCAGUGCUUCGCCGCAUUUCCGUCCUUGACAGGCGGCUACCAGGCAGCUGGGCCUUCCUCUAAGGCUUCAGAUAUCCAUGAUGAGAAUGAGGACAUACAUCCCGCCUCAAGUCACGGAGUGAUGUACAGCACGAUGUUGAAUAUCAAUCGUAUAUUGAGCGGAGAGGAUACAGUUGUUGCAAACUGGGAGGAUGCGGCAAUUCCAACAGUCAAUCCAGCUAAUAUCUCGAUGGUUGGAGGAGCAAUGCAUAUGCUGGGAGAUGAAGAAGAAAGAAUGUAUACGCUCGCGGUAGUCAAUCCAUAAGUGGAGGGCGCAUGUCUUUAAUGUUUUUCCAUAUGCAUGUACAAUUUAUGGAGUUGCUAUGGUAGUGUUGGAAUAUACUUCGAACGUUGAACUAGACUUCUGUCAGCAAUAAUUACGCUCCAGGAGUCUUAUUAGGGUGGGCAUGAGUCCGGAUGCUUUGUGGUCACAAGAUGUUUGAAACUGGGCCAAUCGCAAUACUCACUGAUGAUGCAGGUGUGUUACAGGUGUACCAUAUGAGAUUCAAAAAUGCAGGGGGCCGUGUACUAUUGU